UUUUUUAAAUUAUUCAAAUGAAAGAAGAGGCAGUGUUCUACCUAUUAUUUAUCAAUUCUAAAGUCGUUCCGUCCUGAUUUCGUAGACUUUUUGGAUGCAUGCAUUCUACACCCAAAUUAAUGAUUAGUCUACUGAAACGUAUACUUUUCUGAAUUUCUUGAAAAUUGACUGUUCAAAUGUAAAUUCAAAAACCUAGAAAGCAUCAUUUUGUUAAGUGGUACAUUUAUACUGAGGAGAUUAACAUAAACUUUGAGAGAUUCUUUCAACAAGUAGUCAUGAAGAAGAGCUUUGGUGGGUUUAGGAAUGGUGACGACUUGGAUGUAUAAAUGACCCUUAUGAUCGCAACAGGUGAUAUCGUGCAUGAUUUUUAUACCUCACGUGAUACGAAUGGCACUGAUGUUUAGAAUGUACGCACGUGGAGUAGAAACAUUUUGAAGGAUGAUGACGACACGAACGGCGUUGCCAAAUGUGGCGGAUUGUUGACUGUUGCUAAGACAACCAGGCACCUAGAAAAGGUGUCGAUAUCUACACGUAAAGUAAAAAUCUAAAAUCUAAAAUUUUUACAAAAGUUUAUACAGUUUUUCUUUGCUUACAAGGUGAUAUUUUGGUGAAUUAUAUCAUCUCAAUUUUAAUUACAACCAUGGAAGUAACAACUGAAGAUCGCGUCAUAACUCAAGCAUCAAGUAUUCUAAAACCAACACUCCAAGACAAUGAUUUUCUGCAAAGCUUCGUAAGAAUUGGUUUAGAUGAUUCUGGAGAUAGUAAAAAGAAAUCACAUAUUAUGGAGCAGGUGCGAAAAGAGAGCAAGGAAAGCGGAAAAGUUGGUUCUGAUCACCAGGAUUCAGUCAGUAGUAGAAGAAGUAGAGAUGAUAAAAAAGAAAUAGUGAAACCGACACGGAGAAUAGGAAAAGGUUCAAUUGAGUAUGAACUUAAUGAACAGAAAAGUAAAAAAAUACGUAAAAGGAGAGCAAGUGGAGCACGAAGACAAGAAGAAGUUUAUACUGACAAAGAUCGUGCAGCAGCUGUUAACAUGGGUACCCGUGAUAUAAUUCAAUCGUUGAAAAUUAAACGUCGACAAGAUCGAAGCAAGAUGAUGCAAAUACCAGAAGAAGCGGAACCAAGUUCUAUGCUUGCACUUGGAACUCGUGAAAUGCGAUCAGGAGAUCUCAACGUAGCUCUGGGCUGUAUCAAUAAGGCGUUGGAACUGAGUCCAUAUGAUAAGAAUGCACUACUGGCAAGGAGCAAAUGUUAUCUGAUGCUUGGAGAACCUCAAAAAGCUCUAGAAGACGCAGAAGCAGCUUUAAAUGAGAAAAUUAAAGAUCCUAGUAAUGCUAGAGCAAUGUAUUAUAAAGCUGAAGCUCUCUACCAUCUUGGAGAUUUUGAACUGAGCUUAGUUUAUUACUACAGAGGCAUGAGGAUUAGACCAGAAUUUGAUCAGUUUCGUCUUGGCGUUCAAAAAGCUAAAGAAGCUAUUCAAAAUAUUCUAGGAGAUAAUAGUAUUCCAAUUAAGAUUGAUUUCGCAAAAGAAACUGAAAGAAUUGAUAAGUUAGAAGCGCCACAAGUCGCAGUAGAAUCUGUUAAAAUAAUGGAAACACCACAGAGCUGUGGAAUAGUCGAGAAAAAUGAUGAAAUGUCUGUAGAAAAAAAGUCAAAUAUUUCUAAUGGAGAUAGAAGAAAAGAUUCUUUACCUCUAAAGAGAAAAAGCAAUGCUCCGAAUCUUCUAGGUCAGCUGAACGUUGACAAAAAAUAUCUGCAGCAUCUUCUAAAAAGUCCAGUGAGCGGAAUACGUGAGCAAUUGUAUAACAUAAGUAAAAGUAGACGACAUGAGUCUUCAAAGUGUAAAUUUCCAUCACCUUCGUUUCACUUACUCGAAGAACGGGAAUCUCAGUAUGGUUACGUGACUGGAAUAUCUGGACCUGUAGUAACAGCCGAGAACUUGCCAGGUGCUUCUAUGUAUGAAAUAGUUCGAAUAGGUUACGACAAGCUGAUGGGAGAGAUUAUCAGGUUAGAUGGUGGAACAUCAACAAUUCAAGUUUAUGAAGAUACUUAUGGAAUGACUGUUGGUGAACCAGUGAUGAGAACAUGUAACCCGCUUUCUGUAGAACUCGCUCCAGGCAUUUUAGGUAGCAUCUUCGAUGGCAUUCAACGACCCUUAAAAGAUAUCGCCGAGAAAUCUAAGAAAGUCUUUAUUCCCAAGGACAUUUAUUUACAUCCAAUUGAUCGAUCUGUAACGUGGGAAUUUCAGCCUGCUAAUAUACGACCUGGAACGUUAGUAACUGGUGGAGAUAUUUAUGGAGUCAUUUAUGAGAAUAACUUGAUCGAGCACAAACUUUUAAUUCCGCCAAAAAUAAAAGGAAGAUUAAGUUACUUAGCCCCAGCUGGAAAUUAUUCUGUGGAUGAUGUGAUGUUCCAGAUAGAAUUUGAAAAUAAAAUUUAUAAUCAACCAAUGCUUCAAUUAUGGCCAGUAAGGAUUCCUCGACCAAUUUGUCGAAAAAUGUCGGCGAAUAAUCCACUCUUAACAGGCCAAAGAGUGUUGGAUGCAUUUUUUCCUUGUGUUCAAGGUGGAACAACAGCAAUUCCUGGAGCUUUUGGAUGUGGAAAGACUGUAUUAUCUCAGUCAUUAUCAAAAUACUCCAAUUCAGAUGUGAUACUUUAUGUUGGAUGCGGAGAACGAGGUAAUGAAAUGUCUGAAGUGUUGAGAGAUUUUCCAAAAUUGACCACAGAAAUUGGUCAAACUUCUGAGUCCAUUAUGAAAAGAACUAUUUUAGUAGCAAAUACCUCAAAUAUGCCAGUUGCUGCUAGAGAAGCAUCUAUUUACACUGGAAUCACAAUAUCAGAAUACUUUAGAGACAUGGGAUAUCAUGUAUCAAUGAUGGCAGAUUCAACAUCAAGAUGGGCUGAAGCUCUUCGAGAAAUCAGUGGAAGACUUGGAGAAAUGCCAGCGGAUUCUGGUUAUCCAGCGUACUUAAGUGCGAGAUUAGCAAGUUUUUAUGAACGAGCCGGGAGAAUUGUUUGUCUCGGUAAUCCUAAACGUGAAGGAUCUGUGAGUAUUCUUGGAGCUGUUUCACCACCAGGAGGAGAUUUUUCUGAUCCUGUUACAAGUGCUACUCUCAGUAUUACUCAAGUAUUUUGGGCUCUUGAUAAAAAAUUAGCACAAAAGAAGCAUUUUCCAGCUGUCAAUUGGCUUGUAAGCUAUAGUAAAUAUUUAAAGACUUUGGAUACUUUUUACAAUAGAAAUUUUCACGGUUUCAAUGAACUUAGAGCUAAAGCAAUGGAAAUUUUACAAGAUGAAGAAGAUUUAAUGGAGAUUGUUCAACUUGUUGGAAAAAGUUCGUUAUCUGAAAGUGAUAAAAUUGUUCUUGAAGUUGCGAAAAUUCUAAAAGAUGAUUUUCUACAACAAAAUAAUUAUUCUUCUCACGAUAGAUUUUGUCCUUUCUACAAAACAUUCGGUAUUUUGAAAAAUAUCAUGUUGUUCUAUAAUUUAUCUAUGAAAGCCAUCAAGAAAAAUGAUAAAAAUGAAAAAAUUACUUGGGAAAAAGUUCGUGAUAAUAUCAAGCCAAUUAUUUACCGUUUAGGUUCUAUGAAGUUUCUUGAUCCUUUUGAGAAAAGUGAAGAUGAAAUUAAAAAUAGUUUUAAUCAAUUAUACGAUGAUAUUGUAAAUGCUUUUGCUAAUCUUCAAAAUAUCAAAGCUGCCCAUCAAGAAUCUGCAAAACACAUUACCAAGUAUGCUGAGGAAGGCAUAUCUUUUUUAAAAAAUCGCCAAGAAUUCUGGCGCCAACAGAGAUCGGCAACUCAAGUAGCUAUGAAGUAA